GUCUCAGAAAGGGUUUGCUGUUGCAUAGUGCUUUGUGCUACUUCUGAAAUUUGGAGAAAUGGCACCCGUGAAAAAGGGCAUUCUUGAGCGUCUGAAUGCGGGCGAGGUUGUCAUUGGAGACGGAGGCUUUGUGUUCGCCCUGGAGAAGAGGGGUUAUGUGAAGGCAGGACCCUGGACUCCUGAGGCCACCGUGACACACCCUGAAGCAGUUCGACAGCUGCACAGGGAAUUCUUGAGAGCCGGGUCGAAUGUCAUGCAAACUUUUACAUUCUACGCCAGUGAUGACAAACUAGAGAACAGAGGCAACAACCUGCGGCUCACUGGGCAGCAAAUCAAUGAGGCCGCAUGUGACCUUGCCAGGGAGGUGGCCAAUGAGGGUGAUGCCUUGGUUGCAGGCGGAGUCUCCCAGACACCCUCCUACCUGAGCUGCAAGAGCGAGAGUGAUGUGAAGUCUAUCUUCAAAAAACAGAUGGAUGUCUUUAUCAAGAAGAACGUGGACUUUUUGAUUGCUGAGUACUUUGAACAUGCAGAGGAGGCUGAGUGGGCCGUCCAGGUUCUGAAGACCAGCGGGAAGCCUGUCGCAGCCACGUUGUGCAUCGGACCUGAGGGAGAUCUGAAUGGAGUCAGUCCAGGAGACUGCGCAGUAAGGCUGGUCAAGGCUGGAGCCCAGAUUGUUGGGGUCAAUUGUCACUUUGACCCCAUGACCUGUGUGAAGGCAGUGAAGCUCAUGAAGGAGGGGGUGGAGCGUGCUGGACUCAAAGCUCACUACAUGGUCCAGCCCUUAGCUUUCCACACCCCAGACUGCAACCGCCAGGGCUUCAUUGACCUGCCUGAGUUCCCCUUCGCAUUGGAACCCAGAAUCCUGAGCAGAUGGGACAUGCACAAGUACGCCAGGGAGGCAUACAAAGUGGGCAUCCGCUACAUCGGGGGCUGCUGCGGGUUCGAGCCCUACCACAUCCGCGCUGUAGCAGAGGAACUGGCAGCUGAGAGAGGUUUUAAACCCGCUGCUUCUGAGAAACAUGGAAUGUGGGGCAGUGGCCUAGAGAUGCACACCAAGCCCUGGGUCCGAGCCAGGUCCCGCCGUGAGUAUUGGGAGAAGAUUCAGCCUGCAUCUGGGCGUCCCACAUGCCCCUCGAUGUCCACCCCGGAAGGCUGGGGAGUGACCAAGGGACACGCCGAUCUGAUCCAGCACAAGGAGGCCACCAGUGAACAGGAGAUCCGACACCUCCUGGAAAUGCAGAAGAAGGCCAAGGCCAGCACAUGAAGUCAAGACUAACACCAGGAGGGAGAGACAGCGAGAGGGAGAGAGAAAGCCUCAGGACAAUGCAAGCAUCUGAGCCAGAUCACCUAGUUGCUGUCACUCAAGCAAAGGAUGCAAGACAAGCCACGCCCCCAGCACAAUCCCAUAUCAGCUGAUAGAUAUUAAGCACAUGCAACAGCCGGUUUUGCUUUGAAAUAAAUAUCUGAGCAUUACCCCGAAACCCUGUUAUAAUAAACCAAACUUACAGCCCAUGUUGCUGUGUGAUGAGUU